GAAUUUUCAAUUUAAAUUAGAUUAAGAAUAAAUUGGUGUUUGGUUAAACCCGCGCCAACGAAGCAACACAAAUUGAAUUGAGACAUGAAUUGAAGUGGUGCUGAGUGAGUGCAUGGAAGACACUGAGAUUGAGAGCGAACCCUUGUCCCGCAUGGAGCCUCCCAAAAUCCAGCGCCUGAGUGACUCCGUCGUCAACCGAAUCGCUGCCGGCGAGGUCAUUCAGCGUCCUGUCAACGCCGUCAAGGAGCUCCUCGAGAACAGCCUCGACGCCUGCGCCUCCUCCGUCAAUCUCCUCAUCAAGGAUGGCGGCCUCAAGCUCAUUCAAGUCUCCGACGACGGCCACGGAAUCCGAUUUGAGGACUUGCCGAUUCUGUGCGAGCGCCACACGACGUCCAAGCUCUCCGCGUUUGAGGACUUGCAGCGCAUCAAGUCGAUGGGAUUCCGCGGCGAGGCUCUCGCCAGCAUGACCUAUGUCGGUCACGUCACCGUCACCACCAUUACCAAAGACCAGUUGCACGGUUACAGGGUGUCAUACAGAGAUGGUGUCAUGGAGCACGAACCCAGGCCAUGUGCUGCUGUUAAAGGAACACAGAUAAUGGUUGAGAAUCUGUUCUAUAACAUGGCUGCAAGGAGGAAGACACUGCAGAAUUCUUCUGAUGAUUAUUCAAAGAUUGUAGACUUGGUAAGCCGGUUUGCUAUUCAUCAUGUGAAAGUCGGUUUCUCUUGCAGAAAGCAUGGAGCUGUUAGAGCUGAUGUUCACACUGUUGCCACGUCUUCAAGGCUCGAUGCCAUCAAAUCUGUUUAUGGGGUCUCAGUUGUUCGCAAUCUAAUUGAAAUUGAAGCUUCAGAUGAUGAUCCGUCUUCUUCGGUUUUUGAGAUGCAUGGCUACAUGUCCAAUGCGAAUUAUGCUGCAAAGAAAAUCACAAUGGUGCUUUUCAUUAACGAUAGACUGGUUGAGUGCUCUGCAUUGAAGAGAGCUAUUGAAAUUGUUUAUGCAGCGACAUUACCAAAAGCUUCUAAGCCCUUCAUAUAUAUCUCAAUUGUUUUACCACCAGAAAAUGUUGAUGUCAAUGUACAUCCUACAAAGAGAGAGGUGAGCCUUUUAAAUCAGGAAGUCAUCAUUGAGAAGAUACAGUCAGUGGUUGAAUCAACACUGAGGAGUUCCAAUGAGGCACGAACUUUUCAAGAACAAACUACUGUGCAAUCUCCACUGCCUCGUAUUAAUAUAAGUAAAGAGGUUGACCUCAGCCCUAUGCCAACAGGUUCAAGAUCAUUGAAAGUGCCUGUAAAUAAGAUGGUUAGAACAGAUUCAUUAGAUCCUGCUGGAAGAUUACAUGCCUACACACAAAUUACGUCUGAUAGAAAUCUUGGAAUGAGUGCUAGUUUGAAUGCUGUGAGGUCUUCCAUUAGACAAAGAAGGAACCCGAAAGAUUCUUUAGAACUGACAAGUGUUCAAGAACUUCUGGAUGAGAUAAAUAGCAACUGUGACCCUGGCAUGAUGGACAUUGUAAGGCAUUGCACAUAUGUUGGAAUGGCAGAUGAUGUUUUCGCUUUGCUUCAACAUAAUACCUGUCUCUAUCUUGCAAAUGUUGUGAAGUUGAGCAAAGAACUCAUGUAUCAGCAAGUUCUCAGCCGUUUUGGCCAUUUCAAUGCCAUUCAACUGAAUGAUCAAGUUCCUUUGAAAGACUUGAUUAUAUUGGCACUGAAGGAAGAGGAUGUAGAUUCGAAUUCUAAUGAUGAUGACACAUUAAAAGACAAGAUUGCAGAAAUGAACACAGAACUGCUGAAACAAAAGGCUGAAAUGCUGGAGGAAUAUUUUGGCAUUCAUAUUGAUGAACUUGGAAAUAUCUCUAGACUUCCUGUGACUGAUCAAUACACUCCGGACAUGGAUCGGGUCCCAGAGUUUGCACUUUGUUUGGGCAAUGAUGUUGACUGGGAAGAUGAAAAGAGUUGCAUUCAAACGAUUUCGGCUGCUUUGGGAAACUUCUAUGCUAUGCAUCCACCAAUGUUGCCCAAUCCAUCUGGUGAAGGUUUUCUUUUGUACAAGAGAAAAAUGACGGAUGACUAUGUUGAAGAGAAUACCCAUGAUAAUAUUGGGAGUGACGUGAUUGACAAUAAAGUUGAACAUGAACUACUUUCUGAAGCUGAGACUGCAUGGGCCCAGCGCGAAUGGUCAAUACAACAUGUGCUUUUUCCUUCCAUGAGACUCUUUUUCAAACCACCUGUUUCUAUGGCUACUGAUGGGACCUUUGUACAGGUAACUUCGCUGGAGAAACUGUAUAAGAUUUUUGAAAGAUGCUAGGCCAUCUUAUGGAUUGAGAGUAUCAGUUGUUGCGUGGGUUUGGGCAUUUUGGGCUUGCGAUUAAUUGUGUUCCAUGAUCCGUCUUUUUGGUAUUUUCUGUAAAUACGUAUCUAGAUUAUUCGGUGUUAGAGGAAUUCUUGCAGUGAUUCGUCAAGUUGUUCCUUCGAAAGAUUUUUCAGAUGUAAGCACUACGUAAGUGAUGCACAUAUAUUUUCCAGAAACUGAUGAAAGUACAUUCUAAUCUUGAGUUAUGACAUUUUUCUCACGAAA